CAGUGACCCACAGAAGGGUUGAGCAGAAGCAAAGCUUUAUUUUGAUCCUCUUUCAUUCCGUUGGCCCCUCUCUCUGUCUCUCUCUCUCUCUCUCGUUCGCUGUUCCCAUUUCUCCGCGCGUCGCAUAACGGUAUUAUAACAAUGAGAGAAUAAAAUGUUUCUGGUGUCUAAAGUGCUGUUGAUUAAAUCGAUGAUGCAGUCGAUGCUGCUGCUGCAGUUGCAGUUGCAGUCACUGUCAGCGUCAGGGCCUCAAGCGUCAAGCUUUUUCGAUUCGUAUAAAUACAAGUCUGAGCCUUUUGGCAGCGAGAGACGGCAAAGAAAAGUGCCCGCAGUCAUGACAUCAAACAGAAUACGGCUCGUCCUGCCACUGGCCAUGUUGCUGGCGACACUAAUCCUGGCCAAGAGCUCUGUCCAGGCAGCACCAGUCGAGGAGGUGGAUGUGAACGUGGACGUGAACGUGGACAAGGGACAGAGCCAGAACCAGAACCAGUUGAGUUCGACACUUGAGAAGGACAGGCAACGCAUCGACUGCAAAUUGACUUUCGAUGCGGCGACAAUGGGCUCGUUAGGCUGCCACGAUGAGAUGGACAUGGGACAGGAGGCGGAGGCUGCUGUGGCGGAUGCUGCUGUGGCAGAGUCUGGGGCAAGUAGCACGGCUAAUAAGCCGGUCCAGCUGCAGCGCCACUUGAAGUCCCCCGACAGUCAGCCCAUCUAUGAAUUACAAUUGGUUGUUUGGCCCAGUGACAUUGAGGAUGGUGAUGACUUCAAUCCACUAGAGGACAGUACCACCACCACAACAACAACAACAAAACCAACACCAACAGCCACCACAACACCAACACCAACAACCACAAAAACAACAACCAUAACACCACCCACUACCACAACAGCAACACAAAUCUGGCCUUUGUAUGAGGAUCAAUUGGUUGUAUUUCCGCAAAUGGACUUUGAAGAGGAAAAUCUUGAUUAUUUCUUGGAUGAAGCGGCCCCAGCACCAGCUCCACCAUCAAUUUCUUCAACCACUGCACGUCCCAGGCCCAUAGAUCCCACUGGCACGACAACACCAACACCCACUUAUGUUGUUGAAAAUUAUCACGUCAUACAUCCCAAUGGAACCGAAGAGUACAAAUUGGUGUUGAGCAACGGCCUGGCGAACUACAAGAAACUGUACACGAAACGCGUGGGCGAACAGCUGAUCAAUGUGCAGGAGGGCUACAACUCGGUGCCCAUCGCAGGUCGACGCAAUCUGAUACAAACGCAGUAUUUCAUUGCCGAUGAGCGUGGAUACAAUGUCUAUAAGAUUGAGCAAAACUAUCAUCAGCCAGGGUUGCCCAAACAUUUGCAUUACAAAGCCACAAAACCAUCCAAUAUGUGAGCAAGGAUGAGAAGGAUUCUAAAAUGCGCGCUGCACAGUGGAACUACAUAAAAGUAUAAUUUUUUUUUUUUUUUCUUUUGAUAAACUAUAAUAUAAUAGGUCCCAAAUAAAUUGCGAUUAAAACAAUAUGGGCUAUUAUUGAAUGGUAUAUAACCAUAAGAAGAAUCAAUGCAGCAUUUAGCAAUUAUUAUACAAAUAAUACAAAGGGACUCCUAAUAUAUGAAAAAAUGAUUAUAUCGUGUAUUCAACGAGUCUAAUUUGACUGCAUUUUUUAGCGAAAUUAAAGCAUAGCUGAUCAUGAGAUCAAAGGAACUAGAGGAACCAUAUGUGUACGAGAUAAUUAAAUAAAUAAAAUGAAAUACAACUGAGGUAUCCUUUGGUCUGUUUAGCGGCAUUAGGGUUUCUACACUUUGGCUUGAAAAUUUUGUAAUAUUUAAUUUAAUAUUUGACCCACUGUUCACUUUUGGC